AUGGUUGCCAUUGUUACCUUAACUCGUCAAGUUUUACUCACCAUCGCGCUCGCUUUGUUUGCACAAGGUGCAGCUAUUCCAGAGGAGGCUGCUAAAAGAGACGACAAUCCUGGGUUUGUUGCCUUGGACUUUGAUGUGCUUAGGAAACCAUUGAACUUGACCGAGGCGCUUCUCCGUGAAAAGAGAGACUCCAUUUCGUUGUCGUUGAUCAAUGAAGGUCCAUCAUAUGCAUCUAAAGUUUCAGUCGGUUCAAACAAACAGCAGCAAACCGUCAUUAUUGAUACUGGUUCGAGUGACUUUUGGGUAGUGGAUUCAAAUGCCCAAUGUGGAAAAGGUGUUGAUUGCAAGAGCUCAGGGACCUUUACCCCAUCAUCGUCUUCUUCAUACAAGAAUUUAGGAGCUGCUUUCACUAUUCGAUAUGGGGAUGGAUCUACAUCGCAAGGUACAUGGGGUAAAGAUACCGUCACAAUCAAUGGAGUCUCAAUCACUGGACAACAAAUUGCAGAUGUCACUCAAACAUCAGUUGAUCAAGGUAUAUUGGGUAUUGGCUACACCAGCAAUGAAGCAGUUUACGACACGAGUGGUCGUCAAACCACUCCAAACUACGACAACGUUCCCGUGACUUUGAAAAAGCAAGGAAAGAUCAGAACCAAUGCUUACUCAUUAUAUUUGAACUCUCCUUCAGCUGAGACUGGUACAAUCAUCUUUGGUGGUGUUGAUAAUGCCAAGUACUCUGGCAAGUUGGUUGCCGAGCAAGUUACCCUGUCACAAGCGUUGACUAUUUCGCUUGCUUCCGUCAAUUUGAAAGGUUCAUCAUUUUCAUUUGGAGAUGGUGCUUUGUUGGACUCUGGAACGACACUCACUUACUUCCCAAGUGACUUUGCCGCACAACUUGCUGAUAAAGCUGGUGCUCGUCUUGUUCAAGUGGCUAGAGACCAAUACUUGUACUUUAUUGAUUGUAACACCGAUACAUCUGGCACAACGGUGUUUAACUUUGGAAAUGGGGCAAAGAUUACCGUUCCAAACACAGAGUACGUUUAUCAAAAUGGUGAUGGUACUUGUCUUUGGGGUAUCCAACCAUCAGACGAUACUAUUUUAGGUGACAACUUUUUGAGACAUGCUUACCUCCUUUACAACUUGGAUGCAAACACAAUCUCAAUCGCUCAAGUCAAGUACACCACAGACUCGAGCAUUUCUGCCGUUUAA